AUGAGCAACCCUCUGCAAGCGAAUAUCGUUCCCACUAUUCAGAACGUGAUCUCUACGGUUAACCUGGGCUGCAAGUUAGAUCUUCAUCAAAUCACUGUGAAGGCUCAAAACGCAGAAUACAAUCCCAAGCGUUUGCAUUCCGUGAUAAUGAGAACGAGAGAUCCAAAGGCCACAGUUUUGAUCUUCGCCUCUGGGAAAAUGGUGUGCACUGGUGCCAAAAGCGAAGCCGAGUCGGAACUCGCAGCUAGGAAGUGUGUACGAACCAUCCUGAAGAUGGGUUUCGCCAAGUUCAAGGAUUUCAAGAUCCAGAACAUGGUUGCCAACAGUGAUGUCAGAUUUCCGAUCAGACUUGAAGGCUUGGCUUAUGCGAACCCCCAGUGUACGAGUUAUGAGCCGGAACUUUUUCCGGGGCUGAGGUACCGCAUGAAGGAACCCAAGAUUACUCUUCUUGUAUUCGCGUCGGGGAAACUAGUCAUCACAGGUGCAAAGCACAGAGAAGACAUCCAUAAGGCCUUUGAGGUCAUAUACCCUGCUCUUGAAGAGUUUAAGAAAAAUUUAGUCUUUCACUCUUUCCUCCUCCUCGCCUCCGCUUCCUCCUCACAAACUAUAACCGGCGACGAGGCCUCCGCUUCCUCUUCCCAGGCCUCGACUUCCUCCUCCUCUUCCUCUUCCCAGGCCUCUGCUUCCUCCUCCGUUUCCUCUUCCCUCGCCUCCGCUUCCUCCUCAUGA